AUGACAGAAGUGAAAGGAACUCCCAUCAUUAAAGGUUCACGAACAAUGCAAAUAACUGGCUUAUAUAAAGGAAGGGCAAUUAUUAUAAAAGACUCUUACAGUGUUAUAAAUAAGAAGCUUAAACUAUUUCCUGCUAUGUUUAACUUACAAACAGGACCGAAAGAAGUAUUUCCAUAUAACUACUACAGCAGUGUUUUGUUAGCAAAUGACAACAGAACUGGUGUCAUUUCUGAAGCAUGUAAGUUUAUCCGGGAUGCAGAUACAUUCAUGAAAAACAUAGAUUCCAUCAAAGGUUGCAGAAUAGAUGAGAACCACUUCGACUUAGAAAAGUAUAGCACAUUUUAUUGCAAACAAGAUGUAAGAAUUUUAAGAGAAGGUUUUGUUAAGUUCCGCAAUGACAUAUUGAAAGAAUUUGAUUUAAACGUUUAUGACUACGUUAGUAUUUGUUCAAUUGCUAACAAAUUAUUUGAGAACAGAGUGUACUUCCCGAAUGGAAAUUUAUAUGACCUCUCAAAUAAACCAAGAGAAUUUAUUUCACGCUGUAUUCAAGGUGGAAGAUGUAUGCUGUCAGAUAACAUGAAACAAAAGAGCGAAAAGAAACUCAUUGCUGAUUUCGACGCUGUUUCAUUAUAUCCAUCAGCUAUAGCAAGACUUUAUACUUUAGAAGGUAUUCCAAAGGUUAUGAAGAAAGAAAUGUUAAGCACAGAGUAUCUCAUGAGACAUUUAUUCGAUGACGACCAAAAGGAACCCAUUGGUGAAAAGUUUAUGUCUGGCUUCUUUGUUCUCAUUAAGAUAACAGAGAUUGGAAUACAUAGACACUUUCCUUUAAUAGUUUGUGACCCUGAACUAAAUCCAGAACUUAAC